AUGAUGAUGACGUGCCGUCUGCUGUGCGCCCUGUUGGUGCUCGCCCUGUGCUGCUGCCCGUCCGCAUGUGUGAUGGCGAGUGAGAGUAAACCUCAUGAAGAUGCGGAUUUAUCUGGAAUUCGGCCACAAUUGCAAGCUAUCGCCGAUAAGGGACAGGGUUCAGGUGCAGGCGCUGGUGCGUUGCAGACGGAAAAUGCGCUGUCGUGUGCGGAACAGUAUUCAAAAGAAAAGCCAUGUCAGCUAAAUGGAUUAUCUAAUACGGCUAAUGCGGGACAGGAUGGAAACAGAGUUGUUACGGAAAUAAAGCCAAAUACGACGAACACGACUACGACAAUGGUAAUACCACCACAACCAACAUUACCACAAGCCGUAGCAGCAGCUCCAGCAGCAUCAGAAGAAAGAAGCCUAGCGCUACAAGAACUGCCUGGGGUACUACCACUACCACCAACAUCAACACUACCAUCACCUGAGCCGUCGCCUGCGAUGACCGUUUCAGCAAAAGAAACAAUCCCAACAGCAUCAACAGGCUCACAGAAUACAACAGAAACAACAAACACGACGCCAUCGUCACUCGCUAAAACGGCGCCUGAAGCACCCAAAAAAACUUCAGGGGAUGGUGCGCCAAACCAACACAGAGAAGACUCAGAAACACCAGAUUCCAUGAAUAAUGCAAAUACAGGCAGUUCGGCGGAAACAACAGCAACAUCGUCCACCUAUACAAAUAGCAGUACUGAUGUAAAGAAAAAUGAGGGUGAGGAUGAGAACGACGCCCACCGGCCUCACAGCAAAGCACCACAAGAAAACCCCGAAGACAGUAACACACACGAUGCUCCUAAAGCAAAUGAAACUGCAGCACAAACACCACAAACAGACACCGUCGCCCAAACAAAUACUACAUCUAAUUCUGUCGACAGUGACGGCAGCACCGCGGUCUCCCACUCCACCUCCCCUCUUUUGCUUCUUCUUCUUCUUGUUGCGUGUGCGGCUGCGGCUGCGGUGGUGGCCGCGUGA